UCUGUUUCGGGUUCGUUUCAGGACGCGACCCCGCGCCGCGCGUGUGCGGUGAGGCCGCUGGGGCAACCGCGGUGCCUCCCCUCGGAGAAGCGAGCCGCGCGGGAGUCCCGAGGGGAAGAUGAGCCGCACCAGUGCCAGGUCCGGGCACCUGUCGCAGCCGGUCGUGAAGAGCGUGCUGGUGUACCGCAACGGGGACCCCUUCUUCACGGGCCGCCGCGUCGUCUUCCACGAGAAGAGGGUGUCCAGCUUCGACGUCUUCCUCAAGGAGGUGACGGGCGGCGUCCAGGCGCCCUUCGGAGCGGUUCGGAACAUCUACACCCCGCGGACCGGGCACCGCAUCUGGAAGCUAGACCAGAUCCAGAGCGGGGGCAACUACGUGGCCGGGGGCCAGGAAGCCUUCAAGAAACUCAAUUACUUGGACAUAGGAGACAUCAAGAAAAGACCAAUGGAAGCUGUGAGUACAGAGGUAAAACCAGUAACCCACAGCAGGAUCAAUGUGUCAUCUCGCUUUAGAAAACCGCUUCUGGAACCCUGCACUAUCUUCUUAAUUGCAAAUGGAGACCUCAUAAACCCGGCUUCUCGACUCCUCAUUCCUAGAAAAGCCUUGAAUCAGUGGGAUCAUGUACUGCAGAUGGUCACGGAAAAGAUAACUCUGAGGAGUGGGGCUGUCCACAGACUCUACACUUUAGAAGGAAAACUGGUUGAGAGUGGGGCAGAGCUGGAGAAUGGGCAGUUUUAUGUGGCUGUCGGCAGAGAUAAGUUUAAGAAGUUGCCUUACAGUGAAUUACUUUUUGACAAGUCGACGAUGAGAAAGUCUUACGGUCAGAAAACCUCUUCACUACCUCCAAUUGUAGGAUCCAGAAAGUCUAAAGGCAGUGGAAAUGAUCGCCAGUCUAAGUCGACAGUUGGAUCCAGUGACAACUCAUCUCCUCAGCCCCCAAAGAGGAAAGGGAAAAAAGAUGCGAAUUCAGAAAAAUCCACGAAAGGGAAACAAAAUGCCAAGUUAAAGAGUUUGCCACAAACAAUCCCAAACAGUGAUGAAGGCGUUUUCAAAGCUGGAGAGGAGAGAUCAGAAACGCGGGGGGCAGCUGAAGUCCAAGAAGAUGAAGACACUCAAGUUGAGAUUCCAGUGGACCAGAGGCCAGCAGAAAUAGUAGAUGAGGAAGAAGAUAAAGAGAAGGAAAACAAGGAGGUGGAACAGAAGGAAGACUUCUCAGGAAUGAAUGGUGAAGUUAAAGAGGAAGGAGGAGACCAGCAGGAGCCUGAAGCUCCAGAGCAAGCAGAGGAGAUCCUGGAUCACAGGGAGGAGCAGGCGGGUUCUGCUGCUCGUGUGAACGGAGGGACCGAUGAAGAAAAUGGCGAGGAACUGGGCCAGGUUAAUAAUGAGCCUCAAGAAGCGGUGGAGGAGGAAAUAAAGUCUCAAGGAGCUGGCAGUGGACAUGAAGAGGCUGAUUUGGACUCUCAAAGACCACCAAAACCAGAAGUGAAAAUCACUAGUCCGCAAGAAAAUGAUGACAACGAACAAAACAAGGAUAAUUUGUCAUAGCGUGGAUGAUUUUUUAAAAGAAAGCAUAUUGAGUAUAAGAAAAAUGAAGGAUUAAGUACUUGAAGAAGAAGUAUAUAGCUAUUGCUAAACAUAAUGUGACAAUGUGGUUGAAUACUACCUACUGAAAUUUAAAAGCAGAGGCCUGACUAAUGGGAAAGACUAGAUAACUUUGAAUAGCUACUAAAGGAGAGUGACUUCUUUUUAUGAGCUAUGUUUUUAAAAGUCAUGUAGAAAAAUUAAGCGUAAUGGAGGGGAUUUUGCACUGGAAGACAGUUAGCCACUUGUUUUUGUAAAGAUGAAAAAACACAGGACCAUACCUGUUCUUGAGAAGUGAGAUUAUUGGAUGGCAGCUUAUGCUAAAGCACUUAUCUAAGAGGGCAUAGAAUUAAAAAAAAAAAGAUAAUAGGAAUGCAUGUACUAUUUUUUUAAAGCAAUAAACUCUUGAAUAAACUAAUUGCAGCUUAGUUUCAGAGAUAAUUUGAAGAUGGCAAUAGACUGAAAUGUUUCUGUGUCUUGUUGACAUUCCCUUCUUUCUUCCUCCUUAGCCCAAAUCCACCUUAACAGAACUAAAAGGAAGAUGCAAGAUAUUCAUUUUGGAAGGAGGAAGUACUCACUCAAUGUAUUCCGCGACAAUAUUGUCGUGCCCUUCCCUGAAGUACUGCAGGUUUUAAUCGUCGGCUUAAAUGACACACACUCAGGAAGUAAUUACAGAAAGGAACGCCUAAUUCUAUCACUGAGCCUGUCUGGGUGGUUUACAAACUCUGGCAUCCUAUGGAUUUUAGCUGAUCCAGUCUACCAUUACCAAUAAUACUCCUCUCUUCAUAUUAUUAUAUUAGAAAACUCAAUAUUGGGUAUUCCAAAGAUUGAAUUUUCUCCAAACAGUUUUUUUUUUUUUUUU